AUGAGACUAACUUGUAAAACACAGAUUGAGCCUUUGUGCAAAACGUUCCUUUGCUUCUACUCCGCGAUCAGCAACGAGUUCCUCGGCCGUACAGCACAUCUGUACUCACCCAACAAGGUACCUCUACUACACGAGGCCCUCGACUCGUUCCUGGAGUGUGGAGCUGCUCUGCCACAGCUCAUUCCUAUGCCAAAGCUUCCACCGCUCCUCAACAGUCCCGGUUUCGCAGCCUGUCUCAUCCCACCAGAGACUCCUGGUCAUUGCCCCCAAUACACACCAGAGGACUUUGUCGUCUGGGUUGAUACUCCUGAGACGGCCACGCCUGAGCGUCCAGCCCUCAUUCGAACCAUAACACAAAUGAUUGACCUCUCGCUGUCGAAUCAAGACGAUGAUCCUUUUAUCUCAGACUCCGAGUCGGACCGUAUCUCGUCCUUCGCACUGACCCUGCCAAAGCUCGGUGUCUCACCCAGACGUGCAAUCGACAAGGAUAUGAUAACUCUGUCCCCCAAGACACCCCAAAAGUCCAACAGCCCGAUGAAGAGCCUUGGUCUUACGCCCUCUCCCCUCUGCAUUCGGAAGUCUAGUCAAAUCAAGCACAGUGGGAUCACCUAUGAAGAUGAGCGCAGCGGUAAAGUGGAUGCCAGUCCUCGGUCUAAGCGUCUGCCUUUGCAAGUAACCUUGGCCAGCAAACUGAACAUCAUGGACAGGAAGAGCAGUGCAACUAACAUUGCUGCAAAAUUGACAAAUAAUGAUUCCUCUCCCCCAUGUAAGAUCACUACACCCUCUUCAGUCUACUCGCGAGACUCCAAUGGUAACAAAGAGGUCGCGGCCAACGUUACCCCAGCCCAUGCUACCAAAAUUGUGCGAUUCAACCGUGGCAUAGAGCUCCUGCGUGAGCAAAUCUUGACCAACAUCGCUGAAAUCCAGCAGCACGUGGAGCAGGUCAAGGACGUACAGCGCGCGCGCCGCGCUCGUCAGAUGAAGCGAGCACCCUCCUUCUGGAGCUUCCACCCAACCACAGAUGAGGCUGCAGAGGAAGAAACUGAACAGGAAGAACAUGUGCAAGAGCAGAAGAAGCAGGAGCCGGGGCUGUGCAUGCAUGGGUUUGAGAAUAUCCUGCACAAGGAAACUCAACAGCAGCGACUUGCCCGUCUGCGCUCUGACGGAUGGAGUACUGUCGGACUGCGAUCAGCCAAUAGUACCUGGAAGGGGGCACGCUACUACCAGGAGUUCUGCAAUAUGGUCUUGACCGAGCUCAGCCUGGAUAAUUGA